AUGCACGGUUUGCUCAGCCUCCAGGUGUUGAACGAAGAAACAAGUGGUUGCAAGGAAGGAGAGAAGCUCCCCCUGACCACCACCGCCCCCAAGAAGCCGCCAGCCAAGCGAUCCAGAUGGAACAUUCUAAAAUGCGCCUACAUGAUGGUCACCUUCUUGUUCGUGUCCUACAACAAAGGAGACUGGUGUUACUGUCACUACUGCAACACGGAAGAGGACAUCAGGACCGACCCCUGCUGCUCUUUCUAGCAACCCUGCUCCGUCUCAGCUCGACCCUAUUUCCUUCAUCU